AUGGAUCCAACUACUAGCCGCCACCAGGAGUUGAUCAGGCAGACAGCCCUGUUUGCUUUGGAUUAUGGCGUGCAGCAUUCUUCAGCAGAUGCCGGCUCCUUGGGGACGAGGCUGUUUCUCAUCUCAACACAAUUGGAAGCCGCGAAUCCCGAUGUCCUCAUCAACAGUGAUAUGCCAGAGCUGAGCGGAGUGAUUACGAAGCUGCAGUCAAUUCUACAGUGUACUUCAUAUCCCACAACGAAAUUUCAAAUAGACCAAGUGCGUUACAACCUGGGGGUAUUUCUCAAGUCUUCAGAUUUCAAGGCCGAAGAUGAGAUGCAAGAGCUCUUAGCAAACUGCAACACUCUCUUGAAGGGACUACGGGUCUACGAAAGUGCGGCACAUAUACUAGCCAAUCCGCCAAAUAGUCGGACAAUAGAGUAUCCCAUGCACAUCAAAGAGAAGCUGCUCUCAGGCCUUCGGAAACAAUCUUUGUGUGCCUCUUGUCCUAAUGAUGAUGGAAUCCAGCGCAGUCCUCGCUGGCAUCCGAUACGACUCCUAUUGAAGCAAAAGCCACUGGGGGUUGAUAGCCAGACGGUAGACUUCAAUGUCCUGGUCGCACGAACAUUCCAAGAGCGCUGGCAAGAUGUCGGCCUCAGUAUUUCACUUAGGGAAAAGUCAGUCGGGUUUGCUGGGGAGAAUCAACCACGCGGCAGCUCUAGCCGUAGACAAGAAUCAAUUCUAGGCCAAGGAAUGUUUUGCCGCAUAUUGAGCGAAGACAUAUUUGCUCGUGUAUGUUUUGAUUUCCGCAACGGAUAUUUUCUUCCUCUUCCCAAUGGCCAAGCCCUGGAGCAGCGGCCUUGUCCAGGCUUUGGCAUCACCCUCACCACCGUUCUGCAAAAGUAUACUCUUCAACUCAAAGACAAGAUCCAAUUAGCACACAUGACGGCGCAGGCUUUUUGGCAGUUUUAUGAUACAGAACUGCUGUACAGCAAAUGGAACAGUGACUGCAUCUUAUUUAUACCCGAACAACAUAAGGGCGUCCGACGAGUCCCAAACAAGCCUUAUAUAUCGAUCCAGUUCGAGGUAUCUGAAGAAUGCCAAGACGAGUACUUAUCCGAGUAUUCACUCUUGCAUCGAUACCCUCGAAUUCUCGCCUUUGCCAUCAUGCUGAUUGAGAUUGGGCUAGGGAGAUCACUGCAGCUACGGCGGUGCAAUGGCCUUGCCACGCAGGUCAAUGCUGAUUUCGACGUGGCUUGUCAAGGGUUAGAUGAGUUGAAGAAAACUCCUUGGGAGAAUUUUGGGAACAAGGAUGUUUUCAUACAGGCUAUUGUCAACUGUCUUGCCAGCAACAACUAUAGACCGGUGGAUAUCACAGAUGGGACCAUUCCGAGAUCAGAACAAGAUCAAUGCGGUCGAGAAUCAUUGGAAAUUAGCCAAAGACGUGGAGUAUUUUACGACAAGGUUGUCUGGCCCUUGCAAUGGCUCGCCGAAGUUGGUUUUCCUGGCGAUCAAAGCGCCAGCUACUUGCUCGAGAAUCAGGGCUCACCGCAACUCCCUCGCUCUUUAUCCACUAGGCAAGAUCACACAGAAGAUAUUCAGCUUCCCUCAGUACAGUUCCAUGGGGGAAAUUGUAUAAAUACAAAGCUCUGGCUUGAUGACCUAAAAGCUAUCAACAAGGCAAUCUAUCCCAGAUUGCAGAAGCUGGCGACUGAUGGAAAGGGAGUCCGCGUCGCUAUUUUAGAUACGGGUUAUGAUCCAAAAGCUCCCCUACUAGCGGAAAAGGCUGCUUCAAGAUGCUUCAAGGGAUGGAAAGACUUCGUAUCUGGCUCAGACGUACCAGUUGACUCCUUUGGUCACGGUACAUUCAUGGCACCCCUCCUUAUUCAGUCUGCGUCAAUAUCGGAAGUGCAUAUCGCUCGAAUAGCGGAAAACACCGACAAUCUACAACAAAGCCCAUCACGAGUUACGCAGGGUAUUCGAUGGGCGGCACUCGAGCAAAAUGCAGACAUCAUCUCCAUGUCACUCGGGUUCCCAACUUCCAAUAACAAGGCACACGAAGAGAUCUCUGAAGCAAUCGAAGAGGUGCGGAAGAAAAGAGGCCGACGAAUCAUCUUCCUGGCCAGCGCGGGAAAUUCCGAUGUCUAUAGUGAUGAGACAUUCCCAGCGACGCACCAAUCAGUCAUCUCAAUCCGCGCGACUGACAGCCUAGGAACGUUUAUGACGACUAAUCCGGAAAACACAAAAGAAAGCUCCGUGGUAUUUGGCGCAAUCGGCGACGACAUACCCACAAGUCUACGGCAAUUCCACCCAGAAGCCUCUCUGCCUGGGUCCUCGGCGGCGACGGCAAUUGCAGCGGGUAUUGCGGCCAUGAUGUUGGCCUAUGUGCUGAUUCUUCCCCAGAUGGUAAAGAUGGAGCAGGGGGAAGGGGUUUUGGAGAGGCUGUGGACGACAGAAGGAAUGAGGAAGAUGUUUAUGAAAAUGUCAGACGACAUGGGGCAACGACGAAGGUUCUUGAAUCCAUCCAGGUUUUUCCUCGACAAGCCGACUCCUGAGAGCAGAUAUUUUGCCAUCUAUGAUUGCUUAUAG